AUGGAUACCAGCCCGACACCGCAGCCCAACACGGCUAAGAGAAGCGGGACAAGAAGAAGAGCCGGAGACAAAAAGGGCAGUCGGCCAGUGGCGGGAAAGCCCGGCGCAGUGCCGGCGCGGCUCGCCCAGCACACAAAGAACCCCCAAGAAGGCGCCGCCGGCGGCCGGGCCGCCCCAACCGCGCAGGCGGACAAGCGGCGGCCGCCCCCCUCUGAGCCUCACGAAGCGGCGCGCCGGGACGGGAAGGGAGAGAACAAGGAGGGGCAGGGCCUUCUUUCCCUCCCGGCGCCAGACGAACGCCUCAGCGCUAAGCGGACCGCGCGCCUCAAGCCUCGCUCCGGGCCAUCUGCUCGGGCCCCAGGACGCGCCCGCAGCCGUCCUCCCUUUGUCCUCCUCGCAGUAGCGGAGCCCACGCGGCGGGACCACGCCGAGAAACCCCCACACCUAAAAUGGCGGCCAAGCGCCUCUCGCGCCAGGGACCCCCCGCGCCCCGCCACAGCCGUCCCUGCGCCCCGCACGUGGGCCGGCGGGCAGGGAGGGAAGGCGGCAGGCCGGACUCCACCGCGCCUCCCGCCAGGCCCGCAGCGACGGGCGGAGCGCAGCUCCUCGCCGCGGGCACAGCCUUUCAUCGCACCGCCGCUUCCCACAUCCAGCCCUCGCUUCGCAGGGCCCCGUUUCCCUCUCCCCGCAGAUCCCGGGCCUGCUCGGCUCGCCUCGCACCACUCACCUCCGCUCCCACCCUGCCGCAACUGCGCAAUGGGAGCGAACAAAGGAGCUGCAGCCCUUUAUAUCGCUGACGUCACCGCCGGCCGGGGCCCCGGAUGCAAGCGGCGCCGAGCCCAGCAGGGGGAGACCGCAGCCUGCCGGGCUCUCACCGCGGCCGCUUCGUGUCCCGCGUGGCGGCGGGCGGGCAGGGAGCUGCGGUGCUGCCGAGAGCUGUCCGGGGUUCGGCGUGCGCCGCUGCGGCUCUGCUUGGGGAGCGUGGAUGGGAUUGCUUUAAAGGCUCAAUUUACAGCUUUGAGCAGAUAAGGUUGGAAAAGACCAUCAAAACAAUUUAGUCUAACCAUCAACCCAUCGCUGCCAAUCCACAUCCAUCUUUUUCUUGACCGUUUCCAGGCACGGUGACCACCACCUCCCUGGGCAGCUACUGCUACUUGAUCUCUCUGAGAAGAAACUGUUGAGGAAUAUCCAACAUGAGCCUCCCCUGGCACAACUGAAAGCCGUUACCUCCUGUCCUAUUGCUGUUACCUGGGAGAAGAGGCCAACCCCCCCCACCUCCUUAAAACUUCCUUUCAGGGAACAGCAGGGUGAUGAGGUCUCCCCCGAGCCUUCUCUUCUCCAGACUGAACAAUCCCAGUUCCCUCAUCUGUUACCCAUAAGAUUUGAGCUCCAGACCCCUCACAGCUUUGUUGCUACCCUUCUCUGGACAUGCUCCAGUGCCUCUGUGUCUUGCAGUGAGGGGCCCAACACUGAACACACCACUCAAGGUGCUCAAUACAGAGAGACAAUCGCCUCCUGCUCCUGUUUCUGAUAGCACCUGGGCACACUGCUCCCUCUUGUCCAGGCAGCUGUUGAUUAAAACCCCAGAUGUCUCAGAAUUAACUAUUUGCCAUUUUUGCUCCAAGUUAUAGUUCUGUUUAUAAGUUCCAGACGUACUGUUUACCUGUGCUGUAAGAAGAGCAAUAUCCUUGAAUGUCUGCCAUUUUUGCCUAAUUAAGGUUCUUGCUCAAAGUUACAGUUCUGUUUAUAACUUCCAGAUGUACUGCUUAUCUAUGAUAAAUAUCCUUCCUGACCACAAGACUUCCAUAAUAAAUCCUUGAAUAAAUGCUGCAAAAUUGUCACAUCCUGA